AUGGAUGCCACAAGAAACUAUAGCAACAACCCCCUACACCCACUCGACAGUGGGGAUCCGAUGUUUAAAAUCUGUUGGGGUAGGCAAUCUUGCUCACAUUGUCUGUCCGGCGAUGUUGGCUGCAGCUGGUGUGCGAUAGUAAGUUCCUCCACAUGCGUUCCAAACCCUUCGCGACUGUCCAUCUUGUCUCCUCUCAGAUCUAGUCAAAUUUGUCCACUAGGAGCCAAGGAAAGAUGGGAGCUACGCGCGUCACCCACAGGAUGUAAUGUGAGCACUUUGACAGUACUGGCAUGUGUCGGUGCUGUUUUAGGCACGCUUGCUAUCAUCAUUCUUGUAUUUGCUGCUGUAUGGAUUGUGCGGGUGCUACGUCAGAGGUGGAAACGACUGAAAUAUGAAAAUGUGGAGAGUGAUCAAGAGCAGACAUUCUACAGCAGAACUUUGGGUUUGAUCUUCGGACAGAGGCAGGAUCAAAAUCCAGCUUCGGUUGAUGAAGAGUUUCAGGGAGAGCAUAGGCCAUUGCUAGAAUGA